AUGGAUAAUAAUAUCAUUAGUGAAGAUGGAAAUAUACAUGAUCAAACACGUCGACCAUCAACUCUUACAGUACAACAAAAUGCCGAUAAUCAGAUGAUAGACAUUAUUGAUUUAUGUACACCGACUAUGGAUACUAAUAGUACAUCAUCACCAUCACUAACUCAUGUACAACGAUUCCCUAAUCUGGAACAUCGACUAUCUAUCUUACCUUGGUUUCCAUUCAAUCAACAGCAACAACAAGUACAACAAGCUUGUCCUUUAUUUGUCAACAUACCAUCACAUCAAUUGUCUGAAAAAGAAUUAAUUUUUCGACAAUUCAAUGUUUUUAAGCCAGCUUGCGAAAUCAUCAAUAAUGAUCUAAUAUUACCAUCAUUUCUACGUGAAAAAUAUCAAUUAUAUUUUGGUGAUCUUAUGAAACGUCUUAAAGUUAAUAUGGCUAUUAUAGAUUUUAACUAUACACGAUUAAAUGAAUAUAUUAGAAAAGUUUCAUAUGAACGAAUGUAUGUAUUUAAUCUGGUAUCGAAUCAUACGCUACAACUUGAUGAAAACGAAUAUCCUAUUGCUUUGGAAUUCUAUUUACAAUUCGAUAUUAAUAUGUUCUAUAUGAAAACAUGUGAACUACGAUAUGCACGUCCACGUACAAUGAAUGAAGGUCUCUUCUGUAUAGAAGAACCUGAAGCUAGUUAUGAAUUAUCAGAAUAUGGGAAUUGUGGUCUAUGUUAUCCAAACUAUGAUACAACAUAUCGAACAAGAAAAUCAAUUAUCGAAUUUAGUCGAGCACAUAAACAUACAUUUCUUAAUGGUUAUCAAACUAUCUUAAAUUGUUCUGCAUCAUGUCAUACUCAAAAUAUUAUUUAUGUAUUAACAUGUCCAUGUAAUGAAUAUGAUUAUAUUGGUGUAACAUCAGAAAGUUUACAUGAUCGUCUUAUAAAUCAUCGUGAACAUGGCAAUCGAAUCAUACAUGAAUUCUUAAUAGGUCAAGAUAACAUUAAACGUGAUUUACCAAGAUCAGGAAAAGCUAAUGAUAUCGUAACCAAAGAUCGUAUGAAAUUAUACCAACAUUCGGCUCGAUGUUCAGCUGCCAUACAAAUCUUUCUUGAUGCCAAUCGACAAUAUUGGCGUUUUAUACCUAUGACAUGUGAAGAAGCACAAACAUCUGGCGAAUAUAUGAUUAAACGAAGAAAUCUUUCCGAUGAACUCGAUUGGAAUCGACGAUCGAAACAUGAUACGUCGAUCUAUGUUGAAGCUGUUCCUCAACCACCGAAUGGAUACAUCUUUUCUAAUCGACAAGUUGCAUUACAAAUGGAGUAUUUCCACUAUAAGAAAGAUAUCAAUUUACCUAAUCUUGAUAUUGAUCUAUAUAAUGCGACAAUUGUUGCUGUUUUACCAGAAACAUCUACAGAAAUGUUUCGUUUACUAAUCGAAUCCUUGUUUAUAACUCAUGCUGACACAAAAUUGAAUAGCAUAGGAAAUAUGAUACGAGGAAUUGAUUUACCUGAUUUCAAUCCAUGGUUAAUACGCGGUGAUCAAUGGUGUCAAGGUUUAUUAAGACGACCAAAACCAAGACAUAGAAGUAAUCAAGAUAUUAUUCAAGAAUAA